CAGCCUGGCUCCGAGCCAGCCCAGCGGCAGGAUCAGCAGGUCCCAGGGGCGUGGCAGUGGCCAGUAGUAGAGCCGGCCCACACCGGCUAGGCAGGCAGCAGAGUCCCUGGACGGCUGAGCGUGCGGCUGUGGGAGCUUCUGCAGGAGUGCAGUCAUGAGCCUUUUCCUUUACUAUGCCCUCCCCGCCCUCGGCAGCUAUGCCAUGCUCUCCGUCUUCUUCCUGCGCCGGCCUCACCUGCUGCACACGCCCCGGGCUCCCAACUUCCGCAUCCGCCUGGGAGCCCACCGAGGAGGAUCUGGAGAGCUGCUGGAGAACACCAUGGAGGCCAUGGAGAACUCCAUGGCCCAGCACUCGGACCUCCUGGAGCUCGACUGUCAGCUGACACGGGACAGAGUGGUUGUGGUGUCACAUGAUGAGAACCUGUGCCGUCAGUCAGGCUUGAACAGGGAUGUGAGCAGCCUGGACUUUGAGGACCUGCCCCUCUACAAGGAGGAGCUGGAGGUUUACUUCUCUCCAGGCCACUUUGCUCACGGGACAGACCGGCGCAUGGUGCGUCUGGAGGACCUGUUCCAGAGGUUCCCAAGGACACCCAUGAGCGUGGAGAUCAAAGGGAAGAACGAAGAGCUCAUCCGUGAGAUAGCAGGCUUGGUGAGGCGCUUUGACCGUAAUGAAAUCACCGUCUGGGCCUCGGAGAAGAGCUCCAUCAUGAAGAAAUGCAAGGCUGCUAACCCCGAGAUGCCCCAGUCCUUCACAAUAAGCCGAGCAUUCUGGGUGCUCCUUUCUUACUACCUGGGGCUGCUGCCCUUCAUCCCAAUCCCUGAGAAGUUCUUCUUCUGCUUCUUGCCCAACAUCAUCAACAGGACCUAUUUCCCAUUUUCCUGCUCUUGCCUGAACCAGUUGUUGGCUGUGGUUUCGAAAUGGAUGAUCAUGAGGAAGAGUCUGAUCCGACACUUGGAGGAGCGCGGGGUGCAGGUGGUCUUUUGGUGCCUUAAUGAUGAGUCGGAUUUUGAAGCCGCCUUCAGCGUGGGAGCCUCUGGCGUCAUGACGGAUUACCCCACAGCUCUGAGGCACUACCUGGACAACCAUGAACCAGCUGCCCGGACCUCCUAAGUCCAGAGGCCUCACCCUCUCCUGUUUCUCUUCCUGAAAAAUAAAUAUUUGCCUUUGGAUCA